AGGUGUGGCAGGAAGUGGCACAGUGUGGGAGGGUCACUGGGUGCAAUAGUGAACGCCUUGUAUGCGGCUUUCUGUGUGAGAAGCUGAACAGCAGGCUGCAGACAAACGGAACGUUAACAGGCCCGUUAUUUAACCGCUCUAUUACCACUUUGUACCGGCUGUUUGUGUGUGCGGAGACCGGAGUCAUGGCUAACCGCUCCCUGUGGUCGCUCUGUCUGCUGCUGGCGCUGCUGCUGCCGCUGGAAGUCCUGUCUCAGGACUUUGACCUGUCCGAUGCUCUGGAUAAUGAUGACGACAGUGGACCACCGACCCCCCCACCAAAGCCAGCAAAGCCAGCCGAGCCAGCUGGAGGAACUGGAGGAGGUUUUAAUCUGGAUGAUGGACUCGAUGUCGAUGCCACCACCACCACCACCACCACUACCACCAAAGCCCCACCUAAGGUUGUGCCGAAAGCCCCCACAGGUACCAAGGCCCCAGUCAAGCCCAAACCCAAGCCAGCUGCUGAUGACUUUGACCUGGCUGACGCCUUGGACCCCAACAAUGACAUUGGUGGCAAGGAUAAGAACAAGGGGCAGGGAGGUGGAUUUACUGACGACGAUCUGUUUGAUGUCGGCAAAGACAACACCUACAAGCCUGACAAAGGCAAAGGUGGGCGUCCAAGCGGGGACGAUCAAAUUAACCAGUAUGACGACAACAAUGAGACCACAGCAGAAGUGGGCACCAUUGCAGGGAUCGCAAGUGCGGUUGCUAUGGCGCUUGUGGGUGCAAUCACCAGCUACAUCUCCUACCAGAAGAAGAAGCUGUGCUUCAGUAUACAACAGAGCCUGAAUACUGACAUGGUGAAGGCUGAGAACCCUGAGGCUGUGGUGGCUACAGAACCACAAGUCCAACAGACUCUCCUGGAGCCACCCAACGCUGAGCCUCCCACUGAAGAGAAUGCUGUGUAACACACACACACACACACACACACACACACACACACACACACACACACACACACACACACACACACACACACACACACGCGAGCGCUACAGGAUAGACUGUCUAUUGUAGCAUGUCCUAGUUGAUCCUGCAGCUCUGUGCUGUGAAGGUUGGGAUUUGUAGUCCUUCUAUGCUGAAUGUGAACACAGAUUUUUCUUUUUUUAAUUCUAUGCUGUAAACAUGGCCGACAGUGUAUCGAACCUUGCCAAAUGUAUGUGUAUAUAGUAAUUUAUUAUUUACGGUUUAAACACCACUAACAAUGUUUUUUACAGUUAUCCAGCCUUCGGCAUGUUCUCUGUGAUUCCUCCGCUGUGAUUCUGGAGCUGCAGUUUGUAGCAUUUUGCUGAGCUCCAGACACACAGGGGCGUCGAAAAACUGAAAAAGUAAAUACAAAAAAA